AUGACGUCCCGUCGGGUGGAAACGACGAUCGUCCGGGUCAAGAGCAAGCACUUCACGACGUCGCGCAAACUCGUGACGCCGCAGUUAUCCUCCAGCGAUGAUGAAAGCGAGGAAGACGGAUCCGCCUGUUAUUCCUCCGAUACUCAGAACACACCAAGUUCGCAAGGUGGAUCCUUGUAUUCACAGUCAGCCGCAACGGACGACGAGGAUCGUGCCUCUUGGGGGGACGACGACAACAACGAAAACGAAGGUCGUGAUUGUACCUCCAGCGGGGAAGAUUCCGACUGGACUACGGAAGAACAAGCUCACCAACGCGGAUCUGUCAAAAACCGUCUGCCUCUUAGUCCACGAGCGUUUGCCACUCCUUUAAGAUUGGGUCGGCGCGCAACAUCAUUGGGGUACAACACACCACCGGCAUCAGCCAAGGAACGCCGUUCUCAUGGACGGGAGAAAAAGAAAAUUGAGAUCAACAAAGAAAAGUGGACCCCGCUGUCGAAAAGGAAUCAAAAACAUAGCACGAGAUCGAACAGCCGUUUUGUAAAUACCAAAAGGGUGCCAGCUUCCGAGAUGAUCCGCUCGAAAAAGCCUGGUGAAUCUACAAAACCGCUGUCGGCACCACCCAGGCGCCAGUCAGCCACACGGCUACGUAAAGAAAAGAUACGAGCUUUAAUGGCUACCGUCGUCUCAAAAGAUUCUAUUGACGUCUCGGUGCCGCUGCCAAAUUCCACGGGAGCGGACGAAGCCGAUGCAGUGGCCCGCGAUUUGCAAGCCAUGGGUUAUGACCUGGACUGUCGCUCCUUCUUAACCACAGCGGAUACUAAGGACUCCGCAGAGCGAUACAAUGCUUCUCUAUCCAACGCGCGAAGAAGGAAGAGGAUGGAUAUUACAUUUUCGGCGGACGAAGGGAAUGAAUCUCUCGACGGUAGAAUCCCCCAUCAGAGUACUGAACAGAAACUGAUCAAGGAACAGCCCAGCAACUCGAAUACGGCAUCUCCUUUCACUGCUUCGGUACUGUCAAAAAAUCUUUCGGGUCUGGACCUGACGGCAAAGAAAACAAAUCACAGUCAAUUCUUGACGAAAAAAGAGCCUGAUUGGAACGUGCCGUCACCGAUCACCAGAGGACAAGAAGCCGCACCCUCCCAAAACCUUGACCUCUCUGAGGCUCUUCUCCAAACUGAGGCGUCUUUUGCAAGUCCCAAAUUGUCCUGUGAGCUAAAAAAAACAGAUGCUGGAACCCAUCAGUUGGCUGUUGACAUGACGCCUUGUCGCAGUACCUUCCAACGCCUAAAGAAUCGACUUAGCAAAGCAGGGUCUGAGGCAACUUCUGAUCUCUCUUCGCACGGCUCACAGCACGGCACGGUGUUUUCGAAUUCGAUCGAAACGAACACAUCGUCUAAACUGCGAGAGCCCUCGAGCAAAAAGGCGAAAGUGAAAAAAUCAAUUUCCAUCGGAAAAUUCCCGCUGAGGAAGUGUAGUUUGAUGCCUCGGUCGCAGAAGGCGAACACAACGGAUUGCAGUUGUGUCCCGAAAACGACGGUGUACUCAUCCGUCACUAUUCCACCCACCGAGAAGGUCUUACCUUUAAAAAAAAGAUGCUCUGGAAAUUGUUCACAGUCGGCGAAAAUGGAACCGAAGCAUUGUCUCGUAAAAUCGAGCGAAGAGCCUCCUGUCCCAACUACGCAUCUCUCGCCUGAAAAGGACCCCGAAUCUUUGUAUGCUGCCUCGCCAUCCAUGUCAACUUUGCCGCUUCUAUCGGGACUCGCUGGUCCUAAAGAAAUUCUCCAGAUGCCGCACCCUGAUUCUCGCUCUUUUGAUAUGCAUGAGCUUUUAAGUUUGGACGAUACGCUCUAUGAAGUGGCAAGAUUGGAUCUACAAUCACCUGCUGAACAAUGCAAUCCUUCUAAGAAAUUCCGGAUCAUAAAACGUCUAAUCGAUGGGCGAAAGGGUGUAUUAUCAGUCCAUAAACCUGUCGAGCUUGAGCAAGAAGUACAACCUCCUCGGCGGUUGAUGGGGGAAAAACUAAAGAAAAGACUUACAAGCGUAGCAAAAGCGAAGCACAUCCUCGGAUUCUUCAAAAAGCGUCUUACUACCUCAGAUGAAUCUAUUUGUCUUGCGAAAUGCACAGAAAUUGCCGGGCAUGAAAUUUUUCCUGCAUCAGAAAGCGUGUCAAUUCCGAAAGCGCCCGAUCUCCUGAUGUCAGAAGAACACCAGAAAUUGCAAGGUGAGCCAAUCCCUUCAACCGGAAGUGUGAGCGGUGGGCUUACUCAGCGAGUCUACGACAACAAAUGCCCGUCCAAACAUGAUCAGCUCGGAUUUUCGUCGGACAAUAGCGGCUUUCCGCAUGUCACUGAAUGCAUUGGCGAGGUAAUCGAGGCGUAUCUGAAGAUUGAAAAUGGCGAAAAGGUUGUUCUGCCUUCUCCAAAGCCGACGACUUCUCUCAGCAAAGUAGUUGGGGAACGGAAAAGGGGUGGUUGCGGUUUUGAAAUUUCUUCGUCCAAUGUGGCCAAUUCUGCGAAAGGAGAUGCCUCUGAUCAUGCUGAAGAUUGCGCCCUGGAGCAAUUGGUCCAUUUAAAAUCAGCAAACUGCAUCGCUUCCAAAAGGAGGGAAUGCGAAGAUUCUGAGCCACGCCCAUUGGGGAAUGGUCCGAAAGAUUCCGAACUUCUUCCUUCAGUGCCUCCAACAAGCUUAGGCGGUUCUAUCAGUGGAAUGGAAACCUCAGAGCAUUUAUCGCGUUACCCGAUUGAAUAUUGUGACGAUAACCGCGCUACAAUUAGCAACGCACAGCGCCUGCCAGCUAUUCAGGAAUCCUACUCCCCUGAGACCGAUAAAACGGCGGUCUCCAAAGAAAGACCUCCGAUCACCCCUCACACUUUGAAGGAAAGGAAACGCUGGAAUAGGAGUCACAAGGACAAGAGUCCGAUGACCGGCAGAAAGUCGACCCAGCCGCAAUCGCCAAACGACCGAAGCUCCAUUCCUCUAAACCUGGGCGAAGCCACGAAAGGUGUGCAUUCUGAACCUAGUAAUGUUCUUCGACGAAAUCUAUCGAAGCUAUCCCGGAAGAGUAGUAUAUCCCGGCAAUCUGGAAAGGUCGGCUCUCACAACAAUAGUGAAUCACGGAUGGGGAAUCCAAAGAACAUGAUUUCUGCUUCAACGCUGGUAGUUGACAGCCCGAAGAAACAAAUUACUACCAAAAAGUCUAGGACCACGUCCAAAGAAGGCGAAAUGGACUGGCUUGAUGAUUUGGAUCAGCAGCUAGAUGCUGCGCUUUCGGCAUUGUCCUUAGACUCCUCUUUGGGUGAUGUGGAAACUGCCAUAAAGACUCUCAAGAAGCACGCGAAGCGUCUCGGCGUCAGCGAAAAUGAUUUGCUACUCGCAGUGAAAAGUGAAGACACAUCCUUCCCGACAAUCUAUUCCGGACAGGAUGGAGAGUCGGUUCGUACUCUUACUUUCGGAGAGGAAAUGCUGUACGCUGUGACAAACCUAUUUGAAACAGGCAGAAGUUCUCAGGCAAAAACAAAAUCAAUGUAA